GGGAGAGGAAAAGCCAUUAUUUAUUCCUGAAAAGAAAGGAGCUUGGAAAAUAAAAAAAGCUACUGUACAGCUAGACAUACGUAUUUUAGAGAGAAGGAUGCUUUGGAAGACUUUGGUGCUGCUGCUGUUCUAUUACAGUGCUCAUGCCACUCUAGCCCACAGAUGGAGCAGAGCUAUGCUUUUCCCAUCUGCUCAGCGAUUCAAGAGGUCCUCAGCUGCCUUCCUCAACCCAGUGCUACAAAACUCGCUGGAAGAUGUGGUCCUGCUUUAUGAGUUUCUUUUAGCUGAGCUUGACAUUGACAAAGGUCAGAGGAUCUCCAUCAAAGAUGAGGAGCUGGCUUCCCUGAGGAAGGCUGCUGAGUUCAACACCAUCUGCAACGAGAUUAUCCCCAAGAGCAUCCCAGAGAUCCGCAGGCUGAGCAGCAGGCUGUCCUCCUACCCGAGGGUCCUCAAAAAAGAGGACUUUGAAAGGACAGUGCUGACCAUGGUCUACACGGCCUACAGAGCUGCUCAGUCCCAGGGGCACCAGAAGGACACUUGGGCUGAAUCCUUUGUCCAUCUCUACAAAGCCCUGAAGAACGACUUGAUGCUCUCCUACAGCAAGCAGCCCUCAUAGUGGAAGAGGAGCAGCGCCUCAGCCACCUGCUCUGGUUGAGGAAGGACACACGGUAGCACGCCCACCACUUUAUUUUGUAAAGAGUUCAAUAGCCUGCUUCCUGAACGAUUGUUCGUUUUCUGGCUCCCUCUUGUGGAAUCCGCUUUCUAGUGCCAUGCUAAACGGUGAAAAAACGUCCUCAGUCCUGAGAAUUCGAUUUUUGUGCUGGCUUGGAGGCACGUUCUGUGCCAGGAAAAUAAGGGAGUUACACCCAGGCAGACCCUUGUUUCAGGCCAACCCUUGAUUUCAUCCUUUGGGUUUCCUAUAAGCAAUAAAUAAAUAUACUGUGCUUAUGCUCACAUGCUGAUGUGUAAGUGCUGGAGAGUCCUGCUCUCCUAGCUGGGGACACAAGUUCAUGUUUUGGCUGGCCAGUAAGAGAAUAUUGCGCAGAGGUGAAGGCCCGCUGUAAAAGGAAGAUGUUUCAUAACCAUCAGCCUUCAGAAAUUAUGCCACAUUUUAUUCAUUCCAAAUGUUCUCAUAAAUAAGCCCUCUCUGAUUCGCUUAAUUUGGCUGAGCCAGUGUUUAAUUGCAAUAACGUUUGUAGAAGACAAAGGGCAUUGUGAAGACCAGCAGCAAACAAUGCCUGUGAACGUAUUCCCAGCUUCCUGGAGCUGUCCUCCCAAACAAUCUGCAAUGAUUCUUUCAUUAUUUGCACAUGACUAUGCUUCUGCUGCUUGUUUUUUUGAAAGGAUCAUGUAGUUGUCCUCCAUGGAAUCCAAGGCAAGACAAAGGCCCGAUUUAAUUUAAUAAUGACACAUUUUUUCCUGGUUCUAUCACUUGAAUGUAGAUCAUCAAAACCCAUGCUUCAGAAUCCUUCUGAGGCAAGGGAGGAAGGUGCAUUAAAACAUACCUGGUGCUGAAUUUGGCACUGUGGCUC